ACCAGGGAUAUUGAUUUAGGGGGGAUGGGGGGAAACGGUAUUGAUCCAAAGUCUGGUGUCACAGUCAUUAAUUAUGCGCAGUCUUCAUUGUCAUGUGAUUGUAAUACAUACAGUAUAUACCCAGCCAGUUUCGUUUGAUCGUCUGCUUUCCGCUGCUUUCACAGAAAUCUUUGAACGCGAGUAGGUGCCAUUGUCUGAACCGCUAUCAAGUAUGGCUUCCAUUCUGGAUGUUAUCACGUACAUCGGUAUAGGAAACCUACUGGCCGCCAUCUCGUUAUGUCUUCUCAUCUUCUGGUAUGUCCGCACCAACUACUUGACCUCAUUCUAUUACCGUCUUCCUCCUGGACCACCGGCCAUUCCUCAUCCGUUCGAUGGUCUCAUGGCAUUGUUCCCUGUGAAGGAUAGGUUUGGACGUUUGGUGCAGCUUUGUAACAGAUAUGGUGACAUCGUUUGUCUCCAGCUUGGCUCCAAAAUCAUGACCAUGAUUUCCAGCCCAGGUCUGGUUAAAGAACUCCUGGUCAAACAAGCUGAUGUUACUUCUAACAGACUACCACCUCCGUUCUUUACUCAUGUCAUAGAUUAUACAGGGGGCAUCAUAUUCACUGACGGGGAACCGUGGCAAGAACUCCGUAGAUUUAGUCUCUCUGCCCUCCGGAACUUCGGCAUGGGUCGGAAGGGCAUCGAGUCACGGAUACAAGAAGAGGCACACACCCUCUGUAAUGCAUUUUCCCAACAAUCGGGAAAAGCGUUCGACGCCAUGCAUCUUACCAAUGCAGCCGUCUCCAACAUCAUCUGCAGUAUCACCUUCGGGAGGCGAUUGGAGUAUGAUGAUCCUGUCUUCAUUGACAUGAUCCAGAGACUUAGAAACCUUACUGGGGGAAUGGGGAUAAACCCCAUCAUUCGUGAGCUCAUUGGAAGAUUCCCCAUUCUCCUCAAGACCCCUAUAUUAAAGAUGCCCAAAGAAAACAUAUUGGGCAUUAAGAACUUCAUCAAUGAAGAGGUGAGAGAACACCUCGAGAGCUACGACUCUACCGACAUCCGGGACAUCAUUGAUAUGUACCUCGCAGAAACAGAUCGAUUGGAGGAAAUCAAAGCAACCAAACCGUACCUAACUAAAGACGACAUCUGGAUGUGUGUUUUCGAUCUGUUCUUUGCAGGAACUGAGACGACAUCUUCUUCAUUGCUUUGGUUUAUGCUCGUUAUGGCAAGCAAACCCGAUGUACAAGAUAAGGUUAUGAGUGAGAUUGAUCGUGUCGUAGGUCGGGAGAGGGCGCCGUGCUUCGACGAUCGCAAGGACCUGCCGUAUGUCGACGCAACUAUAACAGAGGUCCUCCGGUUUCGACCUGUUGCGCCGGUUGGCGUGGGACAUGUGACCGCCAAAGACGUCAAAAUCAGGGAAUACACCAUUCCAAAACAUACAGAGAUUCUUAUCAAUAUCCUUGCUAUUCACCUGGAUCCAAAUCUAUGGGACAAACCAGAAGAGUUUAACCCUGAACGUUUCCUGAGUGAAGAUGGGAAGACUGUUAUCAAACAGGAUGCAUUCACUGUAUUCGGAGCAGGUCGACGUGUGUGUCUUGGGGAACAACUGGCCCGGAUGGAAUUUUUCCUCUUCGCGACUACCCUCAUGCAACGAUUUCAAUUUCAAUUACCCGAAGGCGAUUCAGCUGACUUUGGCUUUGAACAUUGUCUUGGUACCAUUGCACCCAAGAGAUAUAAAGUCUUGGCCCAUGAACGAUAGUUCUAGUUAAAUUUUUUUUAUAAGAUCUUUACAAAGAUUCUCACGCAUGAAGGCAAAGAGGCUGUUGUGCAAUUGUGGCAAUUCGUAUUUCUUCGAUUCCUCAAGUGGUAAGUUAUGCUGCUGAAGAACGUAACCAAAGAUCACACCAGUACCAAGCAUGAACAUUAUACCGUUAUGAAGUAUGCAUACACCAAAAUCGUGGAUUUAUCAAAUUUCAAUCAACAAUGAUAGGGAGUAUAGAGAGGAAUAUAUGAGAGGCGAGACAAACGAGGGCGCCGCGCCGCUCUUUCGACGGCGCGGCAUCGUCAACAUGAAAGUUAAGUUUUUGAAAUGACAUCAUAACUUAAAAAAGUAUACGGAUCUAGGUCAUUAAACUUGGACAUAAGGGUA